ACCAGGAAUAAUAGAACGAUACGCUAAUAAUUCCCCACGCUUGGCUCCAUCAGACAGUUCUGUUCAUUAGGCUGUAACGAAUCAACUGAUUCAUAUGCUAUGUACGAUCAUUAAUUCUUUGUAAUCGACACUUUCAUAUUCUCCGUGACACGUAAAUUGUAUCACUCAUCCCUGACUGCUGGUGCUACAGUUUACAGCUACGGCUUUGUGUUUAUUUUGCUCGAGCGUUCUGCCCCAACGCGCGUCAUUACUUCACGGUUGACAUCGUGCAUAUGGUUGGAAGAUACGCGAGGUUUCAUCUACGAAUCACAGUUGGCAUUUCGCUUACGGUUGCUUGGUGAAAUAAUUUCUAGCACUGGCUGGUUUGGUUGGUUAUGAAUGUGUGUAGCAGUUUGAGCAAUUGUUUUCCUACAAGAGCUCUACGUUCAGUUGAUUAAUCCUUUCACUUCCACUUGUUUCCACAAUUCCCACGAACCAAUCUUCCAUUCAGUUUAGUUCCACCCAGCUACCUCAAAAUGUCCCGUACCAAAGUGUCUUCCUAAUCCUUGUACAUACGCUCAGUAUUAAACUAUUGCUGCAACUCGUUGGAACAAUCAACCACCAAACCGAAGUAGUGAAAACUGCUGUGUGUUCUAAUGCAAAUGGCUUGGCUCGGGAUCGGUGCAUUGGCAUCCGGUUUAGCAAUCCAGCGAUUGUUAGGCGGGGACGUUCCUCCUAACAAGGUACAGGAAGUGAAAAAUGAGUCCUACAUCAACCUGCCAGUGCUUCAGCGGAAUGAAUCGAUGCGACUGUUUGCUCCGAACCCCAACUCCGCGGACAAAAAGCUGGUGUACGAAAUCAUACUGGAAAGGCCCCAUUCGGAAACGAUCAACACAUCCUACAGCUUGUAUCGAGCAACAACACAAUCGGCAGCCGAGGAAAAGUUUGAGGCCUUCCAUCAACGUUUGCCAGAAUUGGUAAAAAUCGUUCGCGAGAUGUACAAUAUCAAUGGUUUGCAAAAGCUUUGUGACGUACUGAUUGAUAACCCUUCCUGGUCCUUAGCACACGUUGUUGCUUUUUAUAAUCUUACUGAUUAUAUAUCGAAUCCUAGUAUUAUUGAUUUUCUCGACUAUGCUGAAUAUUCUGAGAUGAUGACUCCAUUGCAGGUUGCUGUUAAGGCGAACAACAUUGAGUUUGUGAAAGCCUUGAUACAGUCUAAUCAAUGCAACUUGGAGCAUCUGGAUAAGAACAGCAAUUCGGUGUUUCACUACGCGGCUAGCACGACAAAGGAAAUGAUAAAUAUGUUAACAGCAAAAAGUACCUCCAAUCUUAAUCAUUGCAACACCGACGGCUAUACGCCGCUUCAUUUGGCGUGUUUGGCAGACAAACCGGACUGCGUGAAGGCGCUGCUGCUUGCCGGAGCCGAUACGAAUAAGAUGGCCCGAGGAGCUGGAACCUCUUAUAGCAAAUCCAUUCCAUCGACCUGCACUGAUGAACCUUCUUCUACAGGUAAUGUAGCCGAUUUUCUUGUCAGCAAUCCAAACAAACUGUUCACACAAGACAUGAAACACGGCGGCACCCCGCUGCACUGGAGCUCCAGCCGUGAGGUAUUGAACUCUUUAAUAGAACGUGGUUGCGAUGUAAAUUUAGUAAAUUUCAACGGCCAAACUCCAUUGCAUGUGAUGGUUGCACGCGACCGGUUGGAAUGUGUCGUUGCGCUGUUGGCUCACGAUGCUGAGAUUGAUGUGGUCGAUAACUCCGGCAACACUCCACUGCAUAUUGCGGUAGAAAAGAAGCUUAUUCCGAUCGUGCAGUGUUUGGUAGUGUUCGGUGCUGACUUUAACAAACCGAACAAGGAUGGUAAAACGCCCCGCCACUUGGUCGGAAAGGAUGACAGUGGCUCAAAGGAUUCGAUGAUUCUGUACAUUUUGCACUCAGUGGGUGCAAAACGGUGCCCCGAAAAGGGUAGUAAAUGUCCUCCAGGGUGUGCUGCGGGCGGUACCUAUAAUGGCAUCCCACCGGCCCAACCCGAAACGACGGAGCAGCGUGAACACAUUCAGCAGGUGCUGGCCCGAACAACUACAAAGUCACAUCGCAACAGUGUGCCAAGUCUGAUAUCGAACACGAUUCGUGCGACCAUUCCCGAGGAGCGCGAACGGCCGGAAGUGAAAACAGUCGACGUCAGCCAAGAGCGUAAAGGCGCGAGCAUGAUGGAUGCGUUGCUUUCGAUGUUUAUGAGCAAGGUAGAGGCUGCCUCUAAACCAACUUCCCCUACGUCCACAUCUUCUUCGCUGAAGGGUGGAGUGAACCUGCUGGGCGAUUUCGAUGUCGGCGACGAACCGAUGCUAACAGAUGAACCGGCCGGUCCGGAGUCUCCCAAGACACCGACGGCAGAAUGUGCUGGUGGCAGUGGUCAGCGAACGGAUUCGCGGCCCCGUUCGUCCUGUGAAGCGGGAGCUAGUGGCGAAUCGUACAAUGGGCGCGGCCGACUGCUCUGUCUGGAUGGUGGUGGUAUCAGGGGACUUGUAUUGGCACAAAUGCUUUUGGAAAUAGAAAAUCUCGCCCAAACACCCAUCGUGCAUCUGUUCGAUUGGAUCGCCGGUACCAGUACUGGGGGAAUUUUGGCGCUUGCAUUAGGAUGUGGUAAAACCAUGAAACAAUGCAUGUGUCUGUAUCUGCGUAUGAAGGACCAAGCGUUCGUCGGAUCCCGGCCCUACCCAAGCGAUCAGCUGGAAACGGUGUUGAAAGAGCAGCUGGGAGAGUUUACCGUCAUGUCGGAUAUCAAACAUCCUCGAUUGAUGGUAACGGGAGUGAUGGCUGAUAGGAAGCCGGUAAAUUUGCAUCUAUUCCGCAACUACGAGGCCGCCAGCGACAUUUUAAGCAUCGUAACGCCAUCAAAUAAUCGUGGACAGCCGCCACCGCCGCCUAGCGAACAGCUGGUGUGGCGUGCAGCCCGAGCCACCGGGGCCGCUCCGUCGUACUUUCGUGCGUUCGGUCGUUUUCUCGAUGGUGGAUUGAUUGCGAACAAUCCGACGCUGGAUGCAAUGACCGAAAUUCACGAACUGAAUGCCGCACUGCAUUACAUUGGUCGGGCAUCCGAGGCAGUACCGGUGUCGGUGGUAGUGUCCCUGGGCACAGGUUUAACACCGGUAGUGGAUUUGAAAGAAAUCGAUGUGUUUCGUCCGGAUAGCAUAUGGGCUACGGCCAAAGUAGCCUACGGUAUAUCUACCAUCAGCACACUGCUGGUAGAUCAGGCUACAGCAUCCGAUGGACGGGUAGUAGAUCGUGCCAGAGCGUGGUGUAGUAUGAUCGGGGUACCGUACUUCCGGUUCAAUCCGCAGAUGUCUGUUGACAUUGGAAUGGACGAAAAGAUGGACGAACCACUAAUCAAUAUGCUGUGGGAGGCAAAGGCAUACAUGCACAGCAACCGAAAGCAGGUCAUCGAGUUGAUCAAUCUGCUCAAAUAGCAGUAAGCUUCAAGCGCAGGUUGUCAAAGAAAGUAAACAAAUGUUAUAUCUAUUUACCGUAAUUCCCACACCACCUUUCACCACCAUUCAAAUGGUCGCCCACCAGUAAGAACAAAAUAGUAUAAACGGCAACACAACAGCAGGAUAUUUUUGUUUAUGUUUUAUUAUAUUGACUCUUUCUUACGCUCUCUCUGGCUCUCUCUCUCUUUGUGGAAGAGCACGAACAUUCCUAAAAGUGACUUUGUUGCCGGAUGAUUUCGCUGUUUUUUUGAAAAGGUAAUUCACCGAAAGUAGCAUCUAGCAGAACGUUCGAUCGAUCGGGCUGAAUACAUUGAAUGGCGCCAUUGUUUUUGAUUGAUCCAAAAAUCGUACUGAAUUGUUGACAAUAUCUUUAGAAAAACGAACACUGUGUGCUAACUAAUAAUCAGCGAUCAGGGAAAGCUUCUUCAGUAUCACCGAAACGCAUCGAAUAGAACACUACGGGAAAAUUGGAGACAUUAUUUGGAAAAUGUUUGCAGUCGACGAAGAUGUUGCCGUACGGGCGAAGUUAAAAUAACAAUAAGCUAAACCAUAAAUACCUUUCACACUGGCACACAAGUGUAGUGGAAUACAAAUUGUCCUUAAUUGUUAAUGUCGCGCUUGACACGUUGCCAGAUGUACGCAAAUAUGUUUAACUUUAUAUGAUCAUGCUUGAGACAACAGUCGAGUUGAACGUACUGGGGGAAAGAAAUCGUUUUCAUUGUGAUGUCGUGUAAUUAUAUGUGUAAUUUUGUACGGAGCAAAAUACGAUACAAAAGAUAAAAGAUGUUUUCUAGAUGUGGUGUGGUGCAUAGUAGAGGCAAAUUACCUGUUUUGUGCAUGCAAAAUUUUGCUGUCCUUUCUUGUGCGCUGCUGUGGGUAUCCCUGAUGGCAAUCUACUUAUUGUUUAGAAAACUCCCUCUCACACACACACACACACACACACACACCUCCCUAUGAUAAUAAAAACACACAAAUACGCAAACACUGUUAUGUUGUACUGAAAUGCAAGAUACAAUAACGUUUAUAUCAUAAAAAAACCCACCAAACAUGCGUCUGUGCUGUAAAGGCGAACAGUCAACAGGGAUUGGGAGUUAGUUUGACCGAUUUUAUUAAGCAAAAGAAAAGAAAAAAAACGGAAGUAAAACUUCGCUCACCAUGCGCACCAAAUAAUAUAGAGUUACUAUUUAUGUUGUUUAUUGUUUAUUUGUGGUCCAUGUGGUCCAAUACCUGCAACAAUGGUUAAAUAUGUUUCUUCCAAUAAAUCUUUCCAAUGAUGAUACUA